UCACUUGUCGCUACCAGUAUAAGCCUUAUAAACAUUGUGUAUGUCACAAAAUACCCCCGCUUUUCUUCUAGGUGUAUAGUCAAUCGAUCGCCACUGUUUUGAAUUGAAAAAUUUAUUACCCUGGAUGAUAUUUAUUAAAUAAGAAGACAGCUAAACAUAAAGGGUUAUCGAUAUAACUUCUGUAUAGUAAUCCAACAUUCGAUAACGGAUAUCAAAGUGUUAUGACAGUGUAAAAUUCCUGGGAUUUAAUACUUAUUUCGAUUUGGCAACGGAAAGGUACCAUGAAUUACACCGAAUGUGCACGAGAGUUAAAGGCCAGUAUCCGGGCAGGUCGGGUGAGCGAGUUGCGUGGUCUGCUGGAGCCGUACAGGAGCAGCAAGGAGGUCAAGGAGAUAGACGAAAAGUUUAUGCGCAUGUCCGACCCGCCUAUAGACCCAAUCAACUUUGCCAUCGAGUGCGGCAAAGAAAAAGCGGCCAUUUAUCUCGUGGAAAAGGCCUUCCCGCUCAACCACGUCUUCUGGGAGGAACGCGGCCUGUGCGACGAGUGGUCUUCCAAGGAGCACGGUCCGGACAAGUGCCCGCGUCAGUACGACUGCGGCAAGAACGCCGAGCGGCACGGAAUGGAGCUCCUCAAGCUGAAAAUUGACGCGAUCCGACAGGGCAAGGCGAGGCCCGGGGAGGGCAUAUCCGAGCCGCUCAUUGAAAAGUUUCUCCCGCACACCCCGCCGCCGAAACAGAAUAAACCUCCAUACGAAACGGACGACCAUUCCCGUUUCGUGCCGGAAAAGAAGGAGCCGACACUAGCUAUGGAAGCAAGUGAACUUGUCCAAAAAUUUGGUAUUAAAUACUCGACAAAGAGUGGAGGAACAUUACUUCACCAAACUGUAGAUAAACCGCGUGUUUUCACGUACAUCCUGGCCAACAACGGAGUUCCUAUAAAUGUGCAAGACAAAAAUGGGGACACGGCCCUGCAUCUGGCUGUGCGAGAGGGCAAGAUGGAGAUAGUUGAGGCCCUGGUACAGUGCAGUGCUGACCUCACACUAAGGAAUAAGUUGGGUCAAACACCAGUGGAUGAAGCUGAGGGUCCAAUAAAAACCUUUUUGAGAACAUUUGAGCCAAGUGUGAUAGUGGCAGUGCGUGAUAACCAUUUCAACAUGUUGUACCGACUGUAUAAACGGAGCUGGUGUAAUGUCCACACCAGGGUCAAGGAAGGCAAGUCCCUGCUUGAGUGGACGCGAGAUAAGGCGGAGUCUCUCCCCCUUACAGACGUGAAGCCAAGCCUGAAGAACGAGUACAAGAAGGAGAAAGACACUGCCAAGAAGGCAUUCCAGCUGCUGUCAGACUACAGGCCAACCAGCGAGCUGAUUCAUGCAGUGCUGUGUGAAGAUGCUGAGUUGGCUAGAACAGUUCUGUGGGAAAACCCUGGCCUUUGUGUCAACAACAGAUACAGGGAUCGUAUAGGGAAGACUAUACUCAGCCAUGCAGUAGAGGUGAACAACUACGAGCUUGUGAAACUUCUUGUGGAUAAUGGCGCAAAUGUUGCACAGAUGCGAGUGAGGGAGAAUGAGAAGACCAAUGUCACAAUCCCCUUGUACCAGAAGGCAUUGAGAAGGGAUCUUGAUGUGAACAUUGUUAAACUACUACAGACUGUUCUACAUGAUGACAGGGAACACAGCGAAAAAGAUCAGAAUGGGAACACCCCCCUGCUGCGAGCCAUCGAGGAGGGUGUGGACACACAGACCAUUCAUUGGCUGAUCAAAGUCAGGGGAGGUUACUCAUUGAUGGACAGGAACAAGGAUGGGUUCACUGCACGCGAGCUCGCUCAAAAACGCGGUCGGGACAGCACUGUGAAAAUGAUCGACAGGUACAUAGCAAAAGAGCUUCCUGCAAUAGUCCUAAGAUUAUUCCCAGUGGCCUUCUACCCACAAGAACUGUUAAACAUUGUUGACGAGGAAAAAGAUACCCAGGCUGGUGAAUCUUUGGACCAAAAGUUGGUGAAAAUAGCUGAGAAGCAUAAUGUUAAGACAUGGAUCGACUGUAACCAAACACAGAACCAUGCCAUCAGCCUGUUUGAGGCCUCAGCAAGGGGAGAUGUAGAGAAGGUCAACAAGCUCAAUGAUGCCAGCUACCAGGACAAGAAUGGUUAUACUGCGUUGAUCCGGGCUAUAGCCUUCAACCAAUAUGAGGUGGCCAACCAGUUGUGCAUACUACGACCACCACUCAAGAAGAUCGCUGACAAUUGUAACAGGUAUCCACUGCAUUAUGCCUAUGCCUUGCCUGAGGCCCAGGGCAGACAAUUCAUUCGCCUCAUCUUAGAUAGCGAUGCCAACGAGAUAGAGAACCGAGUAGAUAAGGACGGCCGUGUGGCCGCUAUGUACAAGGACCUGCGAGGCAAUGUGGAGACCCUGCAGAUGCUGUAUGAUGCCAGGACACUAGACGCCUUCGGAAAGCGCGGAGCCCCCCUAGGACCCUGGCCCAAGGACGCCCACACUCUGCCACCUACCAUGACUGAGGAGGAGGCUGAUCGGUUGGCAUAGCAACCAGACCUGUGAUAUAGGGGCUGAAGUGUUUUGACAACCACUAUGGACAGUGGUGACGGAAGUGUGGUAUUGGAGAUCUGUGAUAUUAAAAGACAAGUGUUGUGCUUGCUGUUUUCCUUUUAUUCGGGUGUACUGUAUUACAAUACAAGUUAAAAGUAAUGUUUAUUUACGAUGUUGUGAUAGUUUUAUUAUCUUUUAAUGUUAUUGCAGAAGAUUGUAAAUACAUGUGUUUAGAUCUGAACAUAAUUCCAUUUCAUUUGAUGAAAUUAUUUAUUGAGGUUUUGAUACAGUGAUCAUAUGUGUAGAUCUGGUCAGUAUUCAAAUAACAACCAUGGAUUAACAACCUUUAUUUACGUUGUACUAUGGUUCUUUUCUUUUUGAAAAUGGGUCUUUCAUCAGGCAACCAUGUGCAAAUGUAAGAGACAGAUUAGUUCCUGAUCAGUGUGUGCCAUUUAGUAGGCUGGACUAAAGCUAUGCUGGCCACAUAUGGCAAAAGAUAUUUAAUAUUUAUUUAAAUAUUUUAUAUUUAUUUAUCUAUUUGAGUUUUGUAAAGUAAGAUUACUAUAAUUACGAAUUGUUGAUAUAAUUUGUAAAUCUUUAUAAUUAUUGUAUGUGUUUUUUUAUAAAACGCCGUUAAAAAGAAGUUUUUUUGUAGAAGUAAUGAACAUUUUAUUUAUUCAAAAGCUUUGUUAAAAUAAUGAAGUUGGAUUGUUAAAUGUUCAUUAGUAUUUCAGAGAUCAUGUGACCUCAUUUGUUUUGAAUAGUAUAUUUAGAUGUAACAUUUUGUUAUCAUUAGAAAAUAACAGAUGAGACAUAACAAAUAGUACUAGUAUUUUCAAUUGGUACAGCUUUAUACCAUUUGUAAUUCUGUGGGUUUGUGUGGUUAUAGUCUUACACUAUAGUUCAAGGUAUUUUGUGUCAAUUACAUGUAUUAGUUCACAAAUAAAUUAGAAGUUAUGUAUUUAUACUAUCAUUCAACAUAAUGCAGCCCUUUAAUUGAAGAGAAUUAAAGCUUGUGCCAAUCUUACUAAAACUAAUAGAAAAUACUUUUUUACACUCUAAAGUUGAAAAGGCAAUGUGAAUCAAGCAAAGAUAACGCAAUUUUGACAUAUUAAAGGGUUAUAAUAUUUAUAACAAUUACUCGAGUCAGCAGACAUUGACAGAUUCAGUAAUUCCAGGGCACCAUGUCUACAUAUUUGCAAACCCGGCCCAUGUUUGAUGUGUCCUUCUCUUGGAAAACAGGGCUUAAUGCACGAGCGUAACAAUGACACAAAAGUGCAUCGCCAUUAAAUGGUCUUCUGAAUAGAUGCCCUAUCAUGAUUGGAAGCACAGUCCAACUUGACUUAGUGGUCACCUAAGACGUGGUAACCUGCCUGCAGGGUUCAGUUUAGAUUCAAUGCAACGAAAAUCGUUCUAUAAUGCAUUCUAUAAUACAUCUGAUUAUAACGCUCAUCUGGCUAAAGCGGCGAAAAUACCAGUUUAUUUCACUCAGAAAGCCAGAUUUUAUCUGUGUACAGCGGUCGAGAGGCUGAUAUUUUGAGGUGCAAAAAGUAAACAAAUUAAUAUGAAUUCCUGUCUCUAAUCUCCUACGCUACGUCAGUCUUUACAUCAUUGAAUAAGCCAGGACAAAGUCAAUUGAUCUUUAAUGCUGAUGAGGUGUCAACAAUACAAAUCUGCAUACAAAUGUUUGGAAGGUAUGCUAUUGUUUUCAUGUAAAACUCGUAUAAUAACAAUGCCAUUUUCAAUUAACAAGGGAUAAAAUAAAACCACUUGUUAUCAGCAAGUCCCGGAAAACGAGAUGCUUUUGUGUUUGUUUGAAAGAACAUGCUAAGUGUACAAAUAAAACGUUAUUUGCUUA